AUUUUUCUCAAAUGAUUUCAGGAAUACAUUUUUGUAAUAAUUUAAUAAAUAUUUAGAAAGUUAAUUUCAUAUGAACACGAAACUUAAGAUUUACUUAGAAAAUUAAUAGAGAUUAUACUUUCUCAAUCAUCAUCAAGUCACCUAUUCAUUUGAUUUAUAUUUUUUUUUAUAAUAUCAAAGUCAUUAUCAUUAAUAUUAAUGAAUCUGUCUAUAAAAUAAAACUUGAAAAAAAAUUCAUAAGAGAAUCACGAAUGUAAUUAAAAAUUUUAAUUUGAAAAAGCCAAAUUAAAGAACAAACAAAUAAAAAUAUCGACAAGAUUGCAUAUGAUAUUCUAUUAGUUAUAUGACAAAUAUUUUGAGAAAAAUACCGAUGAAAUAAAAUGAAUAAUUUUUUUUUACAUGUUUAUCUGUAAAUUCAUCAAUAAAUUUAUUAUUAAUAAACUCAUUGACAGACUAGAAAUUACUAACAAGGACUUUUUUUAAUAGAUUGUUUUUGUCUGAGUACAAUACUUAUUGAUAGAUUAUGAAUAUAAAUAUUAAUAUAAGUUUUUAUCGAUAAAAUUAUUAAAUUUGAUAUUGAAAUAUAAAGGAUUGCGGCUGAAAUUAUAUUUUUCCUUCCAGCCCCCUAAUUCUACCGUCGAAGAUAAUAUACAUACAUAACUAAAGCUAAUCAAGUACACACAUAAACUUUCUGUAAUUUCUAGCAAAAGAAAUGGAAGAAACUAGAAAUUAAGGCUGAUGAUGAUAAUAAAAAAAGGAGUUAAUUAUUUGGGAAUCUUCAUGUUCUUGUAUAUCGCCGUGAGGAAAACAUCAUUGCCCUUUUCACCCACAUUAUUAUUCGAUCAGAAAUGCAAAAUUGUGAUAUUACCGAAGAUGUGUUUUGUUAUUAAUAAUCUUGGCAAGAAGAAUAAUCAUUUAAAACAUCACCAAAUAUGCGGCUUCAUAGUGUGUUUGAGUUUCAAUUUGGAAGAUAAAACACGCACUUAUGUUCAGACGACACGGAGACACCAAAGUUUUACAUGGUAGCUGUAAUAAACAAGCAUAUCCGUAUUUUCGAUGAAGCGAUGGUUGCAAGGAAACUAGACAUUUAUAACUAUGUAAGUUGUCUCUGCAACAGAAAAAAUUUCAGCGGCAUUGAUCUCUCAAGUGAAAAUCAUGGAGUAGUUUUUUUAGCUCAUGGGCUUGGCUAGCUUUUGAGGCAUAAGAAAUUAGGUCACAAGUUGUCAUGAUUAGGAGAGGAUUUCUUUCUUCAACUAAGCUUGUCUUCCUGCACACAACAAUCUUCUUCUUUCAUGUCUUGUCAUCAGAUGGCUUCCCUUCACCAAAUGGCACAUCAGGUAACUGUGUCUUGGACUUCAAGGAAUUCCCUUACGAACCAACCGGUGAGUGCAUAGGCCACCAGGAGAAAAUCAAGGACUGGGACAGCUUCAGCACAACAUUAUGCUGUCGUAAUCUGCUCAACGAUCUGACCAAACUCUUAGCCUCGCGUGCAAUAUCGAACACCAAUGUUGACAUCUUGCUUCCAAAAGAUCAAUGGAUGGAAUGUAUCCAUGGCUUUCCUGGACAAAACUCUGUGUCGCCGGCUUCUUGUGGCUUUGAUGACCUCUACAAUGAGAGAAGUGCUUGCUCGAGAUUUUCUUUGUCAUCGAUAACGGAACAGUGGUAUUACAAAAAAGCAUUAGCCUCGUGUACGAAUUUUAGCUCUUCAUACGAUUAUGGGUGUAGCAGCUGCAUAGAGGCAAUAUCCGAUUUCAGGGAUUAUCAGAUACGAAUAUCAAAUGUCAGCGCUAAUGACAAGAAGGAAAAAAUAAUAUGUGGGGUGGCAGUUCUUAUUUCUGUUGUGGCUGAAAAUUUGAAGAAUAGCGCUUGGAUUGAUGAUUUCUACAGGUGUUUGCCAGCUUCAGAUGCAUUCAAUGAAGGAUACAUGCAAAUCAAAUAUUCUCUGGUGAAAGUGAUAUUUGCUAUUUUUAUAGCAAUCAUCACAUUGUUGCUGGUCUUUCUUCUGAUAAAAUACGUGAGCAAGGGCAAGAAGAAGCGUCCUAAGCCUGUAACUCAAUCUAAAGAUAUCACCACAUGGUCUGGCUUAUAUAGAUUCUCCAAGGCUGAGAUUGAGAAUGCCAUUAACCACAGCAAGGUGAGGAAGACCCUAGGGAGAGGAAGCGCUGGGGAAGUUUACAAAGGUGUUCUACCAAGUGGCCAAGCAGUAGCCAUCAAGCACAUUCAUAAAAGCAACUCAUGUAAUUCUUUCCAGAGGGAAGUUGAAGGGCUUUCCAGGGUUAGGCAUCCAAAUCUUGUUUGUCUCUUUGGUUGCUGCAUCGAAGGAGACGACCGGUAUCUUGUAUAUGAAUAUUGUGCAGCUGGGAAUUUGUCUCAACAUCUCCUAAGUAAACAUACUGUACUGACAUGGGAACGAAGAGUUAAGAUCCUAAGAGACUGUGCUCUUGGAUUGAGAUACCUUCACCAUUUUAUAGAUGGCUGCAUUGUCCACAGAGACAUCAAGCUCACCAACAUCCUUCUGACUGAGAAUUUGGAGCCAAAACUCUCAGAUUUUGGAUUGGCAAAGAUGCUCGGCAUGGAAGAGAGUAAAGUUUUCACGGAUGUUAGAGGAACAAUGGGCUAUAUGGACCCAGAAUAUAUGAGCAAUGCCAAACUAACAUGUGCCAGUGACAUCUAUAGCUUUGGUAUUGUUACUCUUCAACUAUUGUCUGGGCAAAAAGUAAUCGAGUUGGAUCUUGAUUCCAGAGAUCAGCUCACCAGAAAGGCCAAGGAUGCCAGUGCAGGAAAACGUCCGUUAACAGAUUUUGAAGAUCCAAGGCUCAACGGAAAGGUCAACAGCGUUGAUUUUGAAGCCAUUUUGCAAAUUGCUGUCCUCUGUGUUGCAAAAUCAAGCAAAGGUCGCCCUACUAUUGAUGAUGUCUUUGAAGAGAUAGAGAAGGCUUGGAAAAACACACUUGCUGAGAUGAAAGCAAAUCGAGAGAUGGGGUCAUCAAUGCCAAGUUCUUUGGAAGCGAUACCCGUGUAAAGAAAUCAGGCCGAAGGAUGGAAGCUCAACGGGGGUGGCGCCAUUGUUUUGUUUGUAAACUAUAAACUAGUAAAACAAGGGUGUUGAUUAUAAAUAAAGACCAGAUAUAAGUAAAUAUACUAUUUAUAGUUUUUAUUUUAUUUUUAUUUAUAUGGUAAAAGGAUUUUAGUGAGAAAAAGGGAUAGAAAGCCCGUCUGCAAGAUUCAAUCAAUCCCACAACCACAUAGUUUAAAACUUUCAAGAUUCGUAAAAUUAAUUGAGUUAUACAUGGACGUAUGCACAUGUGAAUGUUUCUUCAUUAGCUUGGGCCCGAGGAUAUGAUGGCGAUCACAAGGAAGGAAAGAGUUCUAGCCCUUGAUAGAAUUGAAGAGAGUUCAAUUUGUUGAUUGAGAAUCCCUUGCUGUAACGAAAUCUUGAACAUUUGAAUGGGAAAUGUUUUUUUUUUUUU